GUGAGUUCUAGUGCCUGUCCUCCAUGUUUUAUAAGUAUUGACAUAACACUGUGUUAACAAUGCAUCCACAGAGCUUGGCUGAAGAGGAGAUAAAGGCAGAACAGGAGGUGGUAGAGGGCAUGGAUAUCUCUACUCGAUCAAAAGAUCCUGGCUCUGCCGAGCGGACGGCACAAAAAAGGAAGUUUCCCAGCCCUCCCCAUUCUUCAAAUGGUCACUCUCCUCAAGAUACGUCUACCAGCCCCAUCAAAAAGAAAAAGAAGCCUGGCUUAUUGAACAAUAACAGUAAAGAGCAGUCAGAACUAAGACAUGGUCCGUUUUACUAUAUGAAGCAGCCACUCACCACAGACCCUGUUGAUGUUGUACCGCAGGAUGGACGGAAUGAUUUCUAUUGCUGGGUUUGUCAUCGGGAAGGCCAAGUCCUUUGCUGUGAGCUCUGUCCUCGGGUUUAUCAUGCUAAGUGUCUGAAACUGACUGCGGAACCAGAGGGGGAUUGGUUUUGCCCAGAAUGUGAGAAAAUCACUGUAGCAGAAUGCAUUGAGACGCAGAGUAAAGCUAUGACAAUGCUUACCAUCGAACAGUUAUCGUACCUGCUCAAGUUUGCCCUACAGAAAAUGAAACAGCCGGGGACAGAACCAUUUCAGAAACCCGUAUCGCUUGAUCAGCACCCAGACUACGCCGAGUAUAUCUUUCAUCCAAUGGAUCUUUGUACAUUAGAAAAGAAUGUUAAAAAGAAAAUGUACGGUUGCACUGAAGCCUUUUUGGCCGACGCCAAAUGGAUUUUGCACAACUGCAUUAUUUACAAUGGGGGAAAUCACAAAUUGACACAAACAGCCAAAGUAAUUAUCAAAAUCUGUGAACAUGAGAUGAACGAAAUUGAAGUGUGUCCAGAAUGUUAUUUAGCUGCUUGCCAAAAACGAGAGAACUGGUUUUGCGAGCCUUGUAGCAAUCCACACCCAUUGGUCUGGGCUAAACUGAAAGGAUUUCCCUUCUGGCCUGCAAAAGCACUGAGGGACAAAGAUGGGCAGGUCGAUGCCCGUUUCUUUGGACAACAUGACAGGGCCUGGGUUCCAAUAAAUAAUUGCUACCUCAUGUCUAAAGAGAUUCCUUUUUCUGUGAAAAAGACUAAAAGCAUUUUCAACAGUGCAAUGCAAGAGAUGGAGGUAUAUGUCGAGAACAUUCGCAGAAAGUUUGGGGUAUUUAAUUACUCCCCAUUCCGGACACCAUACACACCCAACAACCAAUUCCAAAUGUUAUUAGACCCCACAAACCCUGGUGCUGGGACUGCAAAGACAGAUAAACAAGAGAAAAUCAAACUGAAUUUUGACAUGACAGCAUCGCCGAAGAUCUUAAUGAGCAAACCCCUGCUGAGCGGUGGCACGGGCCGGAGGAUUUCUUUAACUGAUAUGCCAAGGUCACCCAUGAGUACAAACUCCUCUGUCCACACUGGCUCGGAUGUUGAGCAGGAUGCAGAAAAGAAGGCAACUUCCACUCAUUUCAGCGCGAGUGAAGAGUCCAUGGACUUCCUUGAAAAGAGCACAGCAUCUCCAGCUUCCACAAAGACGGGCCAAGCAGGGAGUUUGUCCGGCAGCCCGAAACCUUUCUCUCCACAAGCUUCAACCCCUCUCCCGGCGGCCAAGCCAGAGAGAGCUUCCACUCCCGGAAGCAUUCUGAAUCUGAACCUAGAUCGGAGCAAAGUGGAUAUGGACCUGAAAGAACUGAGUGAGUCCGUUCAGCAGCAGGCAGCUCCUGUGCCCCUCAUCUCCCCCAAACGGCAGAUUCGAAGCCGCUUCCAGCUUAACCUCGACAAGACCAUAGAGAGUUGCAAAGCACAAUUAGGAAUAAAUGAAAUCUCGGAAGAUGUUUAUACAGCCGUAGAGCACAGUGAUUCAGAAGAUUCAGAGAAAUCAGACUCAAGUGACAGCGAGUACAUCAGUGAUGACGAACAGAAAACUAAGGUUGAACAGGAGGAGACAGAGGACAAGGAAAGUAGCCGGACGGACAAAGAUUCGGCCACCUUGAAAAAAAAGCCUAAACCUCCCACUCCGGUGGAAAUCAAAGAAGAUUUAAAAAGCACAUCUCCCUCCACUGAAAAAUCAGACCCUGUGGUCAAAGAAAAGUCCACUGCAGAUCCUGAGAAGGAUUUUUCAGAAAAAGUCAAGACUUUGCCCCAUCCUGUGAAAGAGAAAGUUAAAGGCAAAGAUGAGACAGAUUCCCCUACGGUACAUUUAGGUCUGGACUCUGAUUCAGAGAGUGAACUUGUCAUAGAUCUUGGAGAAGAUCAUUCUGGGAGAGAGGGACGGAAGAGUAAGAAGGAGUCCAAGGAGCCGCCUGCUAAACAAGAAGCUGUAGGUAAAGCCCCACCACCCUCUAGUGCCAACAGCAGCCAUCCUCCCCCCGAAACACCUGUCCUCACCCGAUCCGCGGCCCAAACCUCCCCGGCAGGCGUCGCCGCAGCCGCCACCACCAUCGCUGCCCCCGCCAUCGCUGCUCCCCCGGCGGCCACCGGGAGCCCCGUGAAAAAGCAGAGGCCGCUGCUACCUAAGGAAACCGCACCAGCCGUGCAGCGGGUCGUGUGGAAUUCUUCAAGUAAGUUUCAAACGUCUUCUCAGAAAUGGCACAUGCAGAAGGUCCAGCGUCAGCAGCAGCAGCAGAGUCACCAAGGCCAGCAGCAGCAGCCCCAGUCCUCCCAAGGGACAAGAUAUCAGACCAGACAGGCUGUGAAAGCCGUCCAGCAGAAGGAAAUCACUCAGAGCACCUCGACCUCCACCAUCACUCUCGUGACGAGUACCCAGCCGGUGUCCAUGGUCACCAGCUCAGGAUCCUCAAGCACACUGUCAUCUUCGCUCAACACCGACUUGCCCAUCGCCACGGCUUCGGCGGAUGUGGCCGCUGAUAUCGCCAAGUACACUGGCAAGAUGAUGGAUGCCAUAAAAGGCACAAUGACAGAAAUAUAUAACGACCUGUCUAAGAGUACCACUGGAAGUACAAUAGCCGAGAUUCGACGUUUGAGAAUCGAGAUUGAGAAACUUCAGUGGCUCCAUCAGCAGGAACUCUCAGAGAUGAAGCACAAUUUGGAACUGACCAUGGCCGAGAUGCGGCAGAGCCUGGAGCAGGAGCGUGACCGCCUGAUUACUGAGGUCAAGAAGCAGCUGGAGCUGGAGAAGCAGCAGGCUGUGGAUGAGACCAAGAAGAAGCAGUGGUGUGCGAACUGCAAAAAAGAAGCCAUUUUCUAUUGCUGUUGGAACACCAGCUAUUGUGAUUACCCGUGCCAGCAGGCCCACUGGCCCGAGCACAUGAAGUCAUGUACACAGUCAGCUACAGCGACCCAGCAAGAGACAGAUCCUGAGGUCAGCACAGAAACAAAUAAAUCUGCCCAGCCUAGCUCAAGCACACAGGCUCCCCAGACGGACACAGCCAGUGCCUCAAAAGAAAAGGAAAGUCCAGCCGACAAGAGCAGGGAGAAUGUCACGACCAUUCCCGUGGUGGUGAGUCCCACCGCCGGAACAGUGGCCAUGAGAAGUGGGGGCAGUGGAGGCGGCAGCGGCAGUACCAGCGGCAGCAGUGGCAGUGGCGGUGGCGGUGGCAGCAGCGGCGUUCAGUAUGUCCAGACCGCGAUGCCAGUCCAAGUGCGGAGAGUCUAGCCCGUGACAACACCGGGCUCCUCGGGGAGAGUCGGAGGAGCAACCGAGACGACUCCCAGCGUGACAGGAGAAGGAAAAGCUACCAGAAAUGUGAAGAGGAAGACGAGGCAGUGGCCGGCUUUGGAGAUUUCACUUCAGAGGUUCUUACUUUAUUGCUUUGUGUGCACAGGACAAGGCGUCGACCACACUACAUUAAUAAGGCAUUAGCGCUGUCUGAGGGCAGUUCAAACCCAUGGUGAAUGAGUGCUUCUCAUGUAAAUAAUGUACAAUUUGUGGAUGUCAUUAAACUUAGAGAACCGUUUCCUUUUUAUAUUUGUAUUGACUUUUAACUUAUAAUAAUAAUAAUAAUAAUUAAAAAAAAAGGAAUGUUUUGGAAAAGGGAAGGUCAGACCAGUUGUCACAAAGUAGCAUUUUCGAAUCUGGGCUGAGGGCAGUUUGCACCCAGAGAAUCAUCAAUGUUCGGGGAUCCAUAGGGAGGCUAUACUUUUUCAUUUACAUCUGUGUACACAACAUGUGGGAUCAAAAGCGGUUCUCCUCAGGUGUGUGUGGCUGCCCUGCAGGCUUGGAUUGCUGUAGCUCCCACUUUUUUUGUUAAAAUCCUAUUUUAUUUCAUCGUUUGGAAUGGGAGCUCUCUGGACCUGAGAACCCCAUGGAGAAAGUCUUUUUAUUUUGUGUGAUUUACACAACGACCAGACUCUCUAAAAAACAAAAAAAAAACAACAAAAAAAACAUGACCUUGUUUACAAAACGUUGAGCGUGCAAGAAACCUGGCACAGGUGGAUGAUGAGCAGGAGGUGUUUCGAGUAGAAUUUCAAAGAGCUGGUGCUGGAUGGAGCAACCUCUUCUGUGUUAAGGUUCAUUUAAAAAAAAUGUUAAAAAAAAAAAAAGCCCAAACAAAAAACCCUCCUGACUGUUAACACUUCACGUGGAAUAAGAGCUUGAAGAAGAGACGUGGGCCAAGGACUUGAUGCUGGGGUAAAGCAUGUAUUAUUUAUAGGACAGAGCCUUCCAUCUUGCUGUAAGCAUGACACAGUAUCCAUACAGUAGGACAGCGCCCCCUGCCUGCCUAGUGCUGCCUGUUACACUACUCAUGGCUGUAGUAGUCCCUACCAUUUUGUAUGUUGUGUAAAACAAAGGCAUUGAACAAAAAGCCAGGUAAUUGAUGUCUGUAUAUGAGAAAAUUAAUUGUAUGAUAUCAUUCCAGUACAUUCUGUUGUACAUUUUUGUGUUUAGGUUCUCCCACUGUUUAUAAACGAUUUGAUAUGUACAGUCUCUGGCUAGUACCCACAUUAGAGCAAAACAAAAGGUAUUAGAAAAAAAGAGAGAGAGAAAGCAGAACAUUUGUGAAUCGCAGUUGUCAGAAAUAGCCUAGCAGGCCUUAUUUGUGAAGCAUAAUUGCUUUUAGCAUAUGGAAGUAUUUUUUCACAUUUCUUUGUAUAAAAUUUGUAUUAAACUUAAAUAUCUUUUUGGA